GAUUUACUUGGGUCAUCUGGCUGAUUCAUUGUUGCUGUAAAAACAGGGCUGAGUGUGCUGUGUUGAAAGCCACUGAAACCAGAGGAAACUAGUCACACAAACCCUGACUACCACCUGACAGAUUGCUUGUGCUGCCUGAUAAUUACUCGCACUUUUCCCAGGCUAGUGCAUGUCUUCAGGGGCCGUCCAGAACUACAGAGCUGUUUCACCCUACCUUGGCUUCGAUCUCUUCCCCCAUGCUCGAAGGUGCGGAGCUGUACUUCAACGUGGACCAUGGCUACCUGGAGGGCCUGGUUCGAGGAUGCAAGGCCAGUCUCCUGACCCAGCAAGACUAUAUCAACCUGGUCCAGUGUGAGACCCUAGAAGACCUGAAAAUUCAUCUCCAGACUACUGACUAUGGUAACUUUUUGGCUAAUCAAACAAAUCCUCUUACUGUUUCCAAAAUUGACACCGAGAUGAGGAAAAGACUGUGUGGAGAAUUUGAGUAUUUCCGGAAUCAUUCCCUGGAGCCCCUUAGCACAUUUCUCACCUAUAUGACGUGCAGUUACAUGAUAGACAAUGUGAUUCUGCUGAUGAAUGGUGCAUUGCAGAAAAAAUCUGUGAAAGAAAUUCUGGGGAAGUGCCACCCCUUGGGCCGUUUCACAGAAAUGGAAGCUGUCAACAUUGCAGAGACACCUUCAGAUCUCUUUAAUGCCAUUCUGAUUGAAACGCCAUUAGCUCCGUUCUUCCAAGACUGCAUGUCUGAAAAUGCUCUAGAUGAACUGAAUAUUGAAUUGCUGCGCAAUAAACUAUACAAGUCUUACCUUGAGGCAUUCUAUAAAUUCUGUAAGAAUCAUGGUGAUGUCACAGCAGACGUUAUGUGUCCCAUUCUUGAGUUUGAGGCCGACAGACGUGCUUUUAUCAUCACUCUUAACUCCUUUGGUACUGAAUUGAGCAAAGAAGACCGAGAGACCCUCUAUCCAACCUUCGGCAAGCUCUAUCCUGAGGGGUUGCGGCUGUUGGCUCAAGCAGAAGACUUUGACCAGAUGAAGAACGUAGCAGAUCAUUACGGAGUAUACAAACCUUUAUUUGAAGCUGUAGGUGGCAGUGGGGGAAAGACAUUGGAGGACGUGUUUUACGAGCAUGAGGUACAAAUGAAUGUGCUGGCAUUCAACAGACAGUUCCACUACGGUGUGUUUUAUGCAUAUGUAAAGCUCAAGGAACAGGAAAUGAGAAAUAUUGUGUGGAUAGCAGAAUGUAUUUCACAGAGGCAUCGAACUAAAAUCAACAGUUACAUUCCAAUUUUAUAAGCCAAGUGAAGUUCUCAAAUGCAGAAAAUUAUAAAUGUUGAAAGGAAGUUAUUGAAGAAAAUAAAAGAAAUUAUGUUAUUUAUCUAGACUACACAAAAGUAAGCCACACUAUAUCUUCUUGAGCUGCAAAUCCAUGGAAACACAGUAAGCCAGCCCUGAAACAAAGCAUUUCUUUAUUCUCAGUGGCAUUAGAUCUUGUUUCCACAUGUCUGUCUCAUUCUUCACUGGGUCUUACAGGUUAAUUUUAAUUAACCCUAUGGUAUUUUUCUUAUUCUUGUUUGAUCAUGUUAAAAAUUGGACCUAAUAAAAGUAUUUUAUUCAUGCUUUUCCAUGCUUCGCUACAGGUCCAAAUACUGAAUGUCUCCUUUGCUUUUUCUCUUUUAAAUUUUUUUCUAGACAAGGUCUCAGUCUGUCACCUAGGCUACAGUGCAGUGGUGUGAUCACAGCUCACUGCAGCCUCCACUUCCCAGGCUCAAGUGAUCCUCCCACUUCUCAGCCUCCCAAGUAGCUGGGACUACAAGUGCACACCACCACACAAGGCUAAUUUUUGUAUUUUUUGUAGAGACAGGGUUUCUACAUAUUACCCAGGCUAGUGUCGAAUUCCUGGGCUCAAGGGAUCCACGAUCCCCCUUGACCUCCCAAAGUGUUGGGAUUACAUGCGUGAGCCACUGUGUUGGGCUUCAUUGACAUUUUAACUGUCUGUUCCUUGCCUAGAUUCACAUAAAUCCAAAGCUGUAUGUAGCCAACAUGGUUCACAUUUGUUGGAAAAUGUGUUUUUUAUUUGUUUUGCUUUUUUUUUUUUUUGAGACAGAGUUUCGCUCUGUUGCCCAGGUUGGAGUGCAGUGGCAUGAUCUCGGCUCACUGCAACCUCUGCCUCCUGGAUUCAAGCAACUGUCUGCCUAAGCCUCCCAAGUAGCUGGGAUUACAGGCACUCACCACCACACCCGGCUAAUUUUUUGUAUUUUUAGUAGAGCUGGGGUUUCACUAUCUUGGCCAGGCUGAUCUUGAACUCCUGAUGUCAUGAUCCACCCUCCUCGGCCUCCCAAAGUGCUGGGAUUACAGGCCCCUUGUUCAGCCACCACACCUGGCCCCUUAUUUUGUUUUUCUAAUAUACUUUGAUCCAAUCAGCUUGAGAAAGCAACACAACUCCAAAUCCUAUCUUUUAGAUGUAAGCAGUGUUCAAUUUGUUAAUAAAUUUGCUUUUCACACCUUUCUCUAAAUAAAAGGUAUAUCUCUCUUU